AAAGAAGAGAGAGAGAUGGUUAAAUGCAUUGACAUGUCGACGCUUCCCACCGAUAAGGAUGGGUUUUACGCGACGAACAAUCAGUUCCAGAAACGAGGUCCAAAGGGUUUCAUCGAAGUCAAGGUUUUGGAAAACGACAAACUCUACGUCCGUGUCGACUUGCCGGGAGUUCCAGACGACGGUGUCCACCACAGAGUCGACGCCGUGAGGCAGAAGGUGGUGCUAUUCUCCGCGGUGACUUUCAACGACGGAUACGAGAAGCAGGGCGUGCGUGAGUACUCUGGAUCCGCCGGUUUGGGAUGUGACUGCUGCGAGAUCACCAGCGUAGAUGCCAAGAUGAAAAAUGGAGUCUUGAGGAUGAUUGUGUCAAGGGUCAAAGUCAAGGAUCAUGAGACCAAGUGUACACACACUGUCCCUCCUUUCACAGGUAAAUCUGGAGGACGCGUGGAGGAGCAUCCGUUUAUUGUGAAAGGACGUAAGAGAGCGUUCGUUGGAGAUCCAACAGCUGAUGGUGGUCUUUUCUUUGCUGUGGAUGUGCCUGGUGUUGGUGAUGGUGACGUGGAAUUGCUUGCUAACGAUAGUGAGAUUAUAUUCACUGCUGAGGUCAAGAAUGUGUUCGAGCACGAUGAAAGUGGACGUCUUUACAUUGGAAGCAUUGACACUUCUUGGUCGCCUAACUCUGCACCUUGGCUUUCGAGUCAUGCCAUCACUGGUGCUGUUAACUUUGGUGUUCUCAAGGUUCUCCUUACCCCUCGUCCCAACACAGGUGGUAACAAGGAGUAA